GCCAUCUACUUUCAAAAAAGCCUUUCAAGACUUGUGGCUUCAAGACUGGCUGCAGAAAGUAGAAAACAAUAGUUUUUGAGCUUAUUUCAAAUGUGAUGUAAAAAUCCAGGCAGGUACUAGUGAGUUAGAUAAGUACGCUAAUGGUAAAAAAACAUAAACAAAAGGUUGAGACAGUAUCUAAUACAAAGAAAAUUGAGGAUAUGUUUAAUAAACAAGAUUGUGAAAUUAAAAAAAGCACAAAAAUUGAAGAGCAAGUUAAAAAUACAGAGAUUAGUAUGGCCUGUUACUUUGCUGAACACGAUGUCAGUAUUCAAGCUGUAGAACACUUGACUGAAGUAAUUAAAAAGUGUUUAACGGGUUAAUUUGAAAAGGCGGCUUGGCCUAGAGAUAAGGAGAAAGCUGCUUUGCGUUCAAGGACAAGAAUUGACACAGACCAUGCCAAGCAUAAAAAAACAACAAAGUUUAGAGGCUGCAGAGAUGGGAAAUACAGAGGAAACAGCGAAAGGAGGAGCCGAGCUUCAUGUCCCUGGAGCCAGCCUGGUUUGGGGACGCUGAAGAAGCCACAGGCAGCCAGCCUGGACUGGAAUGUCUGAAAGAGAUACCGCAGGAGACCCAAGGGCGUAAAAGAGAAACCCUCCCAAGAGCAGAAGCAAGUUGCAGAUUGCACAGCAUAUCUCUGGACAAGCUUUAUACAGGAUAAUCUCCUGUCCACCUCCCCCGACUUCUCUGGAUGUUAUACACAGACGUGGCCAGUCUGGAUGUAUGUGUGUCAAUGACCCAGGAGCUGUUGACAGAGAUGGUACUGAAGAUCACUGAGGCAGGAAAGGAAUUGCAGUGGGAUCUGGCAUGUUCAGAGAUUCAGGAUUUCCUGAAUGACCAUCUGAUGGCCAUUCGGAGUGAUCUCGAGCAUGAGGUGUGGCCUUCUGCCCUUACAGAUACCUCAGGAAUGCCAUCUGAUUUGUGGCCAGGGAGACAUACUCAGAGAUUUUCAGGCUGGAGUCGUAUAUACUCACAGUGCUCCUCCCAAGCAUAUGGGCCGGUAUCCUAUACCGAAUCCUAUCAGGUCCAUGGGGAGGAUGCAUGUGGGACUGGAUUAUUCACUGUGACAUCUGGGAGAUUAGACCACCUGGUAUGCCUAGCCAAUGUUAGUGCUUCUGGAAUAACACUUUAUAUUUGGAUUGGAAUAGGAAAUCAGUGGACAUUAUGGUCUUUAGAACCCCCGCAGCUUCAGUGCUUAAGGAAAUUGAAGCAAGGGGAAGUUGUCACAGUGUUUGACAAAGUUUGUUGGGAAGAUAUGGGACAAGGAACUACCCUGACAGGACAGUUGCUGUUCCAAGCUAAUGAUAACUGUGUAUAUGUUAAGGCCACCACUUUGCAAGAUAUGCAUUUUAAUCUCACCAUGGCUGCAGGAAAUCACAUUAUUUACUGGCCAGCAGACAAAGCCCUACAAUUAGACCUUAGGUAUCAGAUUUCUUUUAAUUGGACCACUUUGAUACCUGACCAGUUUCAAAAUGUACGCUCAAUCCUACCGGAGAUUCAGAAAAUUUCUGACUUACAGGGUCAAAUCCAUGUGCUUCAGAAUAUAUAUCAAAUUGAAAAACAUGCUUUUUAUACAGCCUAUAGAGUGUCUACUUUGUGUACUAAUUAUGAUGUAAUGUGUAAGGAAAUGAAACAACCCCAGCAUAUUAUUACAAUGGGGACAUUAAUGCUUGUAUUGCUUUUGUUUAGUCUAGGAAUAUGUUGUUGUUGUUGUUGUAAGGGAUGUACUGAGAAAAAUGGCUUUCAUGUUCACACUAAUCAUGCAUUAUUGUUAUAUCCAGUUAAGACUAUAGGGUUGAUUCUGAUCCUCCUGAGCUAGAAACAGAAAUACAAGGCUUGAUGCAGUUGGAGGUUUAAGAACGUUAGUUGUGCUAAAGGAAGCACAAAAGUGGGGAGUGUGGAAGCAGGGAAAGAAAUAGAGGGUUUAAGUGCAGCCAUUUAAGUGGCAGAGACAGAGCAACUGUUCUGUCAAGUCUUAGCCUAAUAUCAUGAGACCUGUAGAGGCAGGGCUCACGUCAGAAGUGAGUGGAAAACAGCAGAAUAGUUAGUGUGACCUAGCCUUGAGAUAACGAUGUUUGAGAAGAGAAAGUGAGCAAAUACUGGACUAGAUCACAAAUAGCCUAAAUAAAAUGCAGAUGUUUUUAAUUAAUGCACGUCACAAAGAGGUAUAAAUGCUUAUGUGAUUUUGCUUGUACUUUGGAGAAACUGAGGCAGAGAUGCUCUCUGGCAGCUGUGUUCUUCCCUUGCAGCUGCAUGUCCAGAAUAAAGCUGUCCCUGAUUUUGCUAAUUCCAACCUGAGAGUGGCGUUCGUUUCUUCCAUAGUCAAAAUCUUUUGGUUUCUGAUUUUUCACUAAAAGCUUGACAUUUUAUGUGGAAAGCAGACCCUUUCCAUGAAAACAGUCAUAUAACUGAAAAUCCAACUUUCCACCAAAAAUAGUUUUAAUGGAAAAUGUUUGACCAGCCCUCAUAGUAAUCUGCUUUGCAUUCAGUUUGUGUUGGUGUAAUGACUACGUCAAGUCUAGGGCAACUGAGAAUCAGCCCCAAAAG